AUGACGGACAAGAAAGGAGGCUUCCAGGAAGCACGGUACCUCGAGUUUGUCCGCUCUUCGGACGCGACGGGCGUCGAUGGCAAACCCAUGCUCAACAGGUACUCGACACAUCUCACCCGCGAGCACGAUUUCCCCGGCGCGCAGGCGAUGCUCUUCGCCGCGGGCGUGCCCGACCGACAAGCAAUGCAGACAGCUCCGCAUGUCGGCAUCGCCAGCGUCUGGUGGGAAGGCAACCCCUGCAACAUGCAUCUGCUGGACCUGGGCAAGGAGGUCAAGAAAGCAGUCACGGCAAGGGGGUUGCUGGCGUGGCAGUACAACACCGUGGGCGUCAGCGAUGCCAUCACUAUGGGUAACCAAGGCAUGCGGUUCAGCUUGCAGACUCGAGAAAUCAUCGCCGACUCGGUGGAGACGGUGACGUGUGCGCAGGCUCAUGAUGCGAACAUCACCAUCCCUGGCUGUGACAAGAACAUGCCCGGCUGCAUCAUGGGGAUGGCGAGGCACAACAGACCCAGUCUGAUGAUCUAUGGAGGCACCAUCGACAAAGGGUACUCCGAGACGUUGCGAAGGCCCGUCAAUAUCGUCACCUGCUAUGAGGCGUUCGGCGCCUACCGGUACAAUACCCUGCGCCAACCUGAUGACGGCGGCGAUACGUCGAAGACCAAAGACGAAAUCAUAGACGAUCUGGAGCGGCAUGCGUGUCCGGGCGCAGGUGCGUGCGGGGGUAUGUACACGGCCAACACGAUGGCGACGGCGAUCGAGUCGAUGGGCCUGUCUCUACCAGGGUCUAGCUCGACGCCGGCAAGCUCGCCGGCCAAGAUGCGGGAAUGCGCCAAAGCUGCCGAUGCCAUCAAAGUGUGCCUGGAGCAGGACAUCACACCCAACAAGCUUUUGACCAAACAAUCGUUUGAGAAUGCCCUUGUGAUGACCAUGGCGCUAGGAGGGAGCACAAAUGCCGUUCUUCACUUUCUGGCCAUGGCUGUCACGGCAGGUGUUGAACUCACCCUCGACGACUUUCAGCGCGUGAGCAACAAAAUCCCGUUCCUCGCAGACCUUGCGCCGUCAGGGAAAUACUUGAUGGCCGAUCUAUACGAGAUUGGUGGCGUGCCAAGUGUGCAGAAGCUGCUGAUUGCGGCCGGUCUCCUUGACGGCUCAAUCCUCACAGUCACGGGGAAGACGCUGGCAGAGAACGUCGAAAACUGGCCGAGUCUGCCCAGCGACCAGGUCAUCAUCAAGGACUUGAAGAGCCCCAUCAAGUCCAGCGGCCACAUUCAGAUUCUCAAAGGUAACUUUGCACCCGCAGGCGCCGUGGCGAAGAUCACGGGGAAAGAAGGUCUCAAGUUCACAGGCAAGGCAAUGUGCUUCGACAAGGAGGUUAUGCUCAACGAGGCGCUCAACAGAGGUGAUAUCCCUCGAGGGGAGAAUCUUGUCCUGAUUGUCCGCUAUGAAGGUCCGAAAGGUGGGCCGGGCAUGCCGGAACAGCUCAAGGCCAGCGCUGCCAUCAUGGGCGCAGGCCUCACGAACAUCGCUCUGGUAACGGACGGGCGCUACUCUGGUGCCUCGCAUGGAUUUAUCGUCGGACACGUCUGCCCAGAGGCUGCUGUCGGGGGACCCAUCGGCCUGGUUAAAGAUGGUGACGAGGUGACGAUCGACGCCGAGACAAACACAAUCUCGAUGGACGUCACUGAUGAAGAGUUGGAGAGAAGGAGGAAAGAGUGGACUCCACCCAGGAUGGUUGUAACAAGGGGCGUGCUAGCAAAGUACGCCGCGUUGGUGAGCGAUGCCAGCCACGGUGCUGUGACCGAUCUGUUUUGA